CUUCUCGCGCGCGCGGCGGAGAUUCGAAAGGUGCGAGCAAGACAGGCAGGCGUCGACUGAGGCGGUUGGCGCGGGAUCCGGCCUUUUCGCGACUUCUUUUUCUCUCUGAGGGUGCGAGUUGUUACAAGGUGGUCUUCUGUCCUGUCAGAGCUUGGAAAAAUCCACUAAUCCACUUAAAGGAGCAGGCACUUUACUGAAGACAUGGCAACCAUUACUCCAAGAAAAAGAAAAUACUGUUCUUCUACAUCUGGCUUGCAGUUAGUACAUGGGAAUCCAGUAAAAAAACUGAUGCUGGAGUUCACUGAGGAUCAGUCUAUGGUAAAGAUGCCCACAGGUCACAGUGCUGCAUCUCUAACAAAGCAAACUCCUGGCGUUCAAGAUAAUGAUAAAGAAAACCAGAACUUGCUCCAAAGGUCAACCAGUUCACAGAAAUUGGACACUUCUCCAGUUCAGACAGCCAGUGUGCCAGGGAGGACACGAAGGGAGUUCCAGCAGAGAAUGUCCCCUACGUCAGAGACUACACACUAUUCCAUUGUGUCCUCCAGCUCCUUUUAUAGCAAAGGGAAACCAUAUCGCAAUGUACUGGAGAGAAAGCUUGCAAACAAAAGCCUCCCUCUUAGUCCAAGAAAAGAUGAAGGCAACCUACCUAUUGCCAAUAAGACAGAGACAGUCUGGGUGAAAGUAAUGCCUGUUAUGAAAACCAGUUCAAAAAUAUCCAGGUGUUCAGCAGCUUUGAGACAAGGCAAGACUUUGUCAAGAAAUGUCAAAAAGACUAAAACAGGCAAAAAGACUAAAACAGACAUGACUCCUGCAAAGCCUAAUAAGCAGAAAGAGAAUGUUAAUUCUGUUGUUGAAAAGAAAAUGGAGACUCCUUUCAGAAUCUUAAGCAUGAAAUUCAAGCCUGCGCUGAAACUUCAGACCAGUGCAGCAUUUUUCAUGACUCGGAAGAAGACGCCCUUUGGCUCUAAGAAGGACCUUUCAUCUCCGUCAUCACUGCAUUCUGUCAGCAAGUCCGUGAUGAGGGAGAAACAGAAUGGAGUCCAAGCCCAUACAGAGCUCCAUUUGGCCACUAAAGGCAAAGCAGCUGAGAUUGGUGAGAAAAGAAGCCAAACAUAUGAGACCCAAAGUCAGGAGAAACAAGAGGAGGAUAGUGGGACACUUUCUACUAAUGCUAACCAAGAUGUGAGGACUACACAUGACACGAACCUUUUGCGGAGAAGUGAGGCCCUCCAACCUUCUCACUCUGAUGGCUCAAACACCUUAGAUCAAAAGGCAGUUGAUAUAGAGAUCUCUGAAGGCAUAUCAGAAGGACCAACCAAAAAUAGAGAUGAGCGUGAGAAUGCCUCUUCCAGUAAGAACCCUGUUGAGACUACUAAAUCGUCCUCUGUGGCCGAUGUUUUCCAUCCUUUGAGUACAUAUUCUGAGAACAAAAAAAGGUUGCAGGUUCUCCCAGAUGAGCAGCCUACACUUGUGGAGCGUAGUCCUGUUGUGCAGAAGGUUCCUGCCAUACUGAAAACCAGCAAGAAGGCAAAGGAACUGCGCAAAGACUUUCAAGAUCAGAUGGUCAUUGAUGCUGGUCAGAAACAUUUUGGUGCCACUGUUUGCAAAGCAUGUGGCAUGGUUUACUCUGCUGCCAACCCAGAAGAUGAGGCACAGCAUGUCCAGUACCACCAGAGAUUCCUCGAGGGAUUAAAAUAUGUGGGCUGGAAGAAUGAACGUGUAGUUGCAGAGUUCUGGGAUGGGAAAAUUAUCUUGGUCCGGCAGGAUGAUCCAAAAUAUGCCACCAAGAAGAUGGAAGAUGUCCGGGAGCUAGUCGAUAAUGAACUUGGGUUUAAACAAGUAGCUUUGGCCUGUCCAACCCACACUCAAACAUACCUGUUUAUAUCAGUUAACAAGAUAGUUGGCUGUUUAAUUGCUGAACCCGUCAGGCAGGCUUUUCGGGUGCUUUCUGAGGCAGCAGAAUCUCCCACUAAGAACAGCCUGGAGCAUCAUCGUGCCUGGUGCUGCUCAACGAAGCCUGAAAAAGUGGUCUGUGGGGUCAGUAGAAUCUGGGUGUUCAGCCUGAUGCGGAGAAAGGGCAUUGCCAGACGCCUGGUGGAUGUAGUCAGGCGUACAUUCCUAUUUGGCUCCUGCCUAAGCACCGAUGAAAUUGCUUUCUCUGAUCCCACCCCAGAUGGCAAGCUAUUUGCAGUCAAAUAUUGUCAAACUCCCAACUUCCUUGUUUAUAAUUUCUUUAAUUAGGGCUGUGCAAUUUCAGUGUGUUUCAUUAGAGUAACUGAAAAGUUACCUUUUCAUGGGGAAGGGUGCCUGUUCUUCAGGAAGUUGAGAUUUAGAUGAAGUGUUCAAUGUUAACUGAGGAAUAGUAUCAAGUAGCUGUUGCUUCGGUAACUUUUGUUGCCAAAAUUGAAACUUUUAAAGUUGAUUUGAAGGAGAAUAGUGACUAAUACUAUAUAUAUAUAUAUAUAUCUAGUCUCCCUCUGGUUGAUAUUGCUAGGCUCUUGGUUCCCAUCAUGUUUUUGGCAAACCUGGUGGGUUACUUGUAGCUGUGCUUCUAAGUGUGGGAUGUGAAAAUCCGUGCUAACAAAAUCAGCUCCAGGCUGAGGAACUCGGUAAAAGCUGCUUUCUAGAAAAGAAAUAGGUAUAACGCGGAAAGAGUUUUAUGCUGCUAUGGACUAAUGAGCUAUAUUUUAUACCUGGUGGUGAAUGUGCAGCACUAGGACUGUAAUCUUGAAGAAUUUCAUGUGAGGGUAGAGUCCACGUGGGCUGCGUCUACAAAGCGCUACAUUUCUUGCACUAAAUUUUGUGAGCUGAUCACAUCUGUUCAAAUAAAUGUUUAUGAAUUA